CAGCAGAGUUCAGAAGCAGCAGAGUGGAGGAGGGAGAGGCUUCGAGCUGAAUGGCAAGUUCACCGAAACUAAAGCUGUUGGUGUGUUUCAAAAACUGAAGACAAUCUCAUCACUUGAUUGAGGCCAAAUCAGAAAAAAAAGAAGACAAAAUAUGUACCAUGCCCAAAGGAAAGGGAGCCAAAGGGACAAAGGUGACCCUCAAGAUUGCCAAGAAGGCAAUACGUAUGACACCAGAUGGACGGCGCAGACUCACCCUUAGCAACAUGGGUAUAACCAUCUUCCCAAAGUGUCUCCUCAAACUGACCAACGUGGAUGAGUUGGACCUCAGCCGCAACCUGAUACAGAAACUCCCAGAUAACAUCGGGAACUUCUCAUCACUGAGAUGGCUAGAUCUACACAGCAACAAGCUGGAGUCUGUUCCAGAGACCAUCAGCAACCUGGUGGGAUUGACCCACCUCAACGUCUCUAACAACCGCCUAACCUCUGCAGGCUUACCCUCCACAAUGGGUUUGCUCACCAGUCUGAAGAGUCUCAAUCUGGGGAUGAACCAGCUGGACACUCUGCCUACCACUAUGGCAGCUCUAGGCAAUCUCCAAGAGUUAGGCCUAUUUGAUAACCUCUUCAUCAACCUACCAGAGUUUCUGAGCGGCCUACGAAACCUCACUAAGGUGAACAUGAAACGAAAUCCUCUAUCGUAUGCUCAGGGGGAUGCUGAGGGGAUGCUGAAGAAAAAAUCAGAACCAGAGGGAGAUGUGUACCUGGUACAUGAAAGCAGCCUGUGUAGGACAUGCCUUAAAAGAUGUAAAGAGCAGGGGGAAAACUUUACGAGAGGAGGAGGAGGAGGACGAGGAGGAGGAGAAGGAGGAGAAAGGAGAGGAGGAGGUGACAUGUUUGAGGAGAAAAGGAUAAGAACUUAUGCAGGACUGAUAGCGCCAAACUCAGUCGCUACAGUCAAUCAGGAUGCGUGGAGAAUAAGGAAGGUCGAACACAAGACAAUCAAAUGACCAAAGAGCUGCUGGCAUCCUCUUAAACUACAGAACAAAUGGAACCAAUGUCAUUUUUAAGCAGGCACACAAAUUUUAAUUAUAUGUGCAUAAUAUCUAUCUAUAUGUCACACAACUAUUUUUAUUGAUGUAUUUUACAUUUCAAUAGAUGAAAUAAAAAUAGUGAUUACA